CUCAAGUAAGAGUUUUUUUUGUUUUUCGUCGGAAUGACAAGUUAAACUCGUCAGUUUUAUUCACUGCCAUUCGUCGUUAUUUUUCAUCAAAUUUCUUAUGACGGUGGUUUGGUGCUCGAGUGUAAUGAAAAUUCCUGACGUCGACGACCUUGACUGUCUGUCCGACAGAGAUUUAGCAAAAUGCCAUUUUAAACAGAGUCGAGAAAACGGUCGAUUUCUCGGCAAGCUGGUUCAUUCCAUAUCACACUUAACAGACACCAUAUCACACUUAACAGACAUGAUGGUUGGGCAGGGAAAAUCAAAACGGAACAGGAAACAAAAUACUCGAGUCCGCCAAAAUAAGCAUCAUACAUUACCAAUACAAACCAACGAAGCAGAGGAGCAGGAAGAGAACACUGGAAACCAGGUCGAAUGGGAACAAUCAGUCCAAGGCAAUGAGAAUGCAGUGCAGCGUCGUUUUGUUUCAUCUGCAGCGACUAGCUCGGGUGAAGAUUUAGAGUUGGCUCCAAUUUGUAGACUAUCAAAGAGAAUAAGGACCGACACCGGACAACAACAGGUCACCGGAAACCAGUUCGCGCCGGAUGAACAGACACGAAACAACGAGAUCGAAAAUGAAAAGCAACGCUUUAAUCCAUCUGGAGAAGGUACAAGUCACCAAUUAUCUUCCCAGACAGAGACCGGGCUAGAAAAUGACACUGGAAACUGUUCGGAUCACAAAAAAAGUCGCACUUGCCGACCACCGAUAGCCGAGUAUUUUGGAUCAUACAGUUUAGCCAACGGAAAGUUGUCCCGCAUGACAAUAAAGAAAAACACUAUCCGUUUCACGUGAAGCGCUAAAAAAUUUACCAGAGACGAAGAGUGGAAUUUUGUCACUCUUAAAUAAAACUUUGUAAUGCUUCUCGAUGUAUCAAAAAUAAAAUCUGUUUUUCAAGAA